AUACCACCUGCCACUUCUGCCAUGUUUGAAUGCAGCGUCUGCUCCAGGUCGUACGCCACUCAGAGCUCCUUGACGCGUCACGCGCACAACCAUGCGUCUGAAGGGCGGCACACGUGCUCAAUCUGUGACAUAAGCUUUCGCAGGAAAGAUCUGUUGGCGAGGCACGAGAGAAUCCAUCAGGUUGGCGCAAGCAGCCGGAACGAGCGAGAUCGACGACGCUGUCAUACUGCUUGCCAACCUUGUGGUGUCUGUUCACAGACACAGGCGAAAUGUUCGUACGGCAGACCAACACGUCGCAAAAGUCGGAGGGCUGUGACUGAUGACUUGGACGAGCCCGAUCAAGAUAGCAUCGGAUCCCCAGCGACAUCUGCCGGCCUCGAAGAACCAGUCGCUGCAACCAUAACAGGAUCGCCUUCUCCGCUACUAUUCGACACAAACGCAGCACCAGCUGAACAGUUUCCGUUGACUCCGGGCUCGUUGUUAGUUGGUGCUUCGGAUCAGAAUCAGCUCAAUCCAGAUGAACAGGAGUUCGCCAACAUCCUCGCGCUCAUGCAUACAGCACCGCAUGAAAAUUUCUCAUCCUUACUUGAGCCAUGGUCGACAGCGAUCAACUGGCCUUGGACUCAUGAAGAUUUGUACUUGCGCAAUGGACCUGAUUAUGGCCCGUCCCCAAGCAAUGGCCUCCACGACCUUCCAUUGUCGACAGGAGUUCCAGGUCAACAGGCGCAAGACGAUCGCCAACAAUCCACAGCGCAUGUUGGCAAUGAUCACACUCCAGAAUCAAACGCACAGACUGAGUUGCCUAUGACUCCAACUCAGAUUGUCGACAUAAUCAUCAAUGAGGCGCUCGACAGUGCUAGGGAUCAAGCACGGUGGAUCCGAUUCUGGGAAUCUGCUUCAGAUCGUGUUCGCGCCGUGUUCAAUUUGUCAAACGCUCCGGAAGUUUCACAAAGCAAUGGAAUUCUGGACCACUUUGUGGAUAUAUACCUCGAACAAUUCCAGCCUCUAUGGCCAUUAAUAUGGCAACCCAGUUUCGAGCGUGGCCAGCUCCACCCCCUGCUGUUACUCACCAUGACCUCGAUAGGAGCACUCUAUUCAGGGAGUGCAUCAUCAAGGUAUGGAUCACUCCUCCACGAGAAGAUGCGCGAGAUACUUCUUGUAUCACCACCCAGGGUCGACCACACAGAUCAGGAAAAUCUCGAUCUUGGCAGGGCAAUGCUGCUCACUCAAGUCGCCGCGAUCUACUUUGAGCAGCAGCAUGCUUUCUCAGCAGCUCAAAAACUCGGUGCAUUGCUCAAUGUGCAUGCUCAAAAGAUGCGGUUGUUCAGCUAUAGACCCCAUCGUGGUAUUCCAACCGCCAUUAAUCUACAAUCAACCACCAACACUUCUGCGAUAGGAUGGCAUAAGCAGAUCGCCCUCGACCCCAACGAGGUGCUACCGCUUCUACAGCCUCUUGAACACGAGCUCCUUCUUUACGGGCUGCAAUACUCUGUUUGGCGAUUCAGUCACGAUUCGGGCAUGUUCAAACGUCUGACUGGCCUCGACGCGGACAGCGAGCCAGGUCCAACAACAAAUGAUCUCUUUUCUGUCAGUAAUGAUGAGCUCUACACUGCCAACCACGACCACUUAGAUUACUCAACCAGAAAAAUGGCGGGUCUCCGGCGAGAGCGACAAAAUGUCAUCUGCGCCCUGCGAAAGUGGAAAAGUAUGGUGGCGAGUAGUCAAAUGUCCAAUCAAUACGGGCAUAAUCGCACUACUUACCUGAGUGGACUGAUGCUCUUUCACCUCAGCUUCUUGCGUCUGCAUGCGCCAGUCGGGACAAUCCAGCAAGUGGUCUAUCAUCAAGGUACACGGUCAGAGUCUGUAGAAGCUCUGGGUCGGACUAUAGUGGAGUGGUCAACUACCGACCAAGCAGUUGUGGCCAUCAAGCAUGCUUGCUCCAUGUGGACCUUGAUUGAGAAGGAGACGUCUCGUCCCACAUCUUCACAAGCACGUUAUACCAUUCUAACUGUGAUCAGUGUGUAUCAGGCAGCGACAGUGAUAUGGGCCGUGGCUGGUGCAUGUGAAAAGUCUAGGCAAUCAUUGAACAUGAUGGGCUCGUCCAAGCACAUUGAGAGUCAUCAGGUCGAACUGUCCACAGCAAACACGCCUAAUUUGAUGAGCCUGUUUGCGGAACUUUUUCCAAAGAUGACUUCUACUUGGAAAACACAAUCCUCCUUCCUGGAUAUGGUCUUGGGUUUAGCAACGAAGACGUUAAUGUAG